AUGCCUMACAAACAUACGCGCCGCGGCGAUGGCGAUAAGAACAACUUCGACCUUCCGCCGAAUAAAGUCGCUACAGCGCUCCCGGCCUUUCAAAAGACGGAUAAGACACAGCUCAAACGAGGACAACGGCCUCAGCAAGCACCUCAAUCCACCAAGCGGAAGCGAAGUGGCACGACUGUCUACAAAGAAGAUGACACUCCACGCGCCUUUGCCCGGCUGAUGGACAUGCAUGCGGGGAAGAAGUUGCGAUCCGGAUUGGACAACGGCGAGAGCAGAAAAGCUGUCAACAAAAAGCGAAAGCUGGAAGAGCAGGACGCAAAAGAUGGAGGACCGUCCAAAGCACAGAAUAAAGCGGCAGCCACAGCGGCGGCAGAAGGCGAAAUCGCAGAGCAGCUGAAAAUUCAACCGGGAGAACGAUUGGCAGAUUUUGCGGCGCGAGUCAACCAGACAUUGCCCAUGGGCGGACUGGCAAGAAAGGGAGCAACUACGGGAGAGCGAGUCACGAAGACGGAGAAGCGAAUGAAAAAGAUGUAUGCGGAGUGGAGGAGUGCCGAUGCGAAGCGAAAGGAGAAGUUGGAUGAGUUGCAGGAGCAACAGGAGGAGGAAGACGAGGAGAAAUCAACGGAAUUGGGCGGACAGAGUGUGCGGUUCGAGUUUGUGGGAAAGAAGGGCAAGAGAGCGAGAAUGGUGGGUGAGGUGGACGAUGAUGAGGAUCCCUGGGCCGUCUUGAAGACAAGGAGAGAGGAGCGAAAGGGCUUGCAUGAUGUUGCGCAGGCACCGCCGACGAUGAAGGUCAUUCCUACGGAGAAGUUCAAGGUUAGGAAUGGGGCCAAAGUUGAGGUGGCCAACGUUCCUAGCGCGAGUGGCAGUUUGGCGAGGAGAGAAGAGCUGGGUGCGGCGAGAAGAGAGGUCAUUGAGCGAUAUCGUGCCAUGAUGAAGGGCGGGAAAUGA